AUGGGGUUAAAGAUGAGUGAAAGAUACGUGAUAGCCGUAGGUCUUCUAUUUUUAUCGGCUAUUUCGUUUCUUUCACUAUAUCUACUUCCAUCAAGCGGCACCGAUGAGUUACUUGGGAAAGAACACAUCGUUCCCCACGUCAGAGAUCUUGAAGCUCGGAAGCUCAUGCAAGAAAAGCAAGCCGCAGAGCUUCAGAAAAAGGCCGAAGAAGCUGGAAUCGUUGCACCACCAAUACCUAAACCUGAAAUUGCUGCCGGUGAUGAUAGCGAUGCACGACGAAUAACAAUGGCUAAGUUUGCAUGGGACGGCUACAGAAAGUACGCUUGGGGUGCCAAUGAACUGCGACCGAUUUCAAAAACUGGUCAUUCUGCUUCUGUCUUCGGGACGGGAGACACGGGUGCAACGAUAGUGGAUGCCAUCGAUACGUUGUGGAUCAUGGGUCUGAAAGAGGAGUACGAGCAAGCUCGAAGUUGGAUCAAACUCAGCUUGGAUUUCACUCGAACAGCGAAAGGCGAUCUGUCCGUUUUCGAAACGAACAUUCGAUUUAUCGGAGGCCUCCUAUCGAUCUAUGCCCUCACAAACGAUAAAAUGUAUGUCGAGAAAGCUGAAGAAAUAGCUAAACUUCUUUUACCUGCUUUUGAUACCCCUACUGGUAUUCCCUAUGCUGUUGUAAAUGUUGUGACUGGUUCCGCCAAGAACUAUGGUUGGGCCAGUGGUCAGAGCUCAAUUCUGUCUGAAUUCGGUUCAUUACAAUUAGAAUUCGACUAUUUAUCACAUAUCACAGGCAACAAAAUCUACUCAGACAAAAUUAAACGGAUUCGAGAAUUCUUGACUGCAAUGGACAAACCUAACGGGCUCUAUCCGUUAUAUCUGAACCCGAAAACCGGCAAAUGGGGAUCAUUGGACCAUUCUAUUGGUGCUUUGGGUGACAGCUUUUACGAAUACCUUUUGAAACACUGGUUGAUCACAGGGAAGACUGACGACCAUACUAAAAAAGAGUACGAUGCUGCUGUUUUUGCUAUGGAGAAAAAGAUGCUGUAUAAGAGCGAACAGAACGGCCUAUGGUACUUUGCUAACCUUCAUGGAAGUCGUGUGGUUCAUAAAAUGGAACAUCUUGCCUGUUUCUCGGGAGGAAUGUUUGCCCUUCAAUCAGCGAAUGAACAUAAUGCCACUGUAGCGAAUCAUUAUUUGGAACUUGCGGAGAAUUUGGCCCAUACGUGUCAUGAAUCCUAUAUCCGAACUGCAACUGGACUCGGACCAGAAGCAUUCCGGUUUACGAGCGACAAUGAGGCCAAGGCUGUAGCCAAUAAUGAGAAAUACUACAUUUUGAGACCUGAGGUGGUUGAAACCUGGUUCUAUCUCUGGCGCAUCACAAAACAGGACAAGUAUCGAGAAUGGGCCUGGAAUGUCGUAUUAGCUCUAGAAAAAUAUGCUAAAGUGGAAGGCGGCUAUUCUGGAAUUCAAAACGUCUAUAGCGUUCCAGUGGAACAUGAUGAUGUACAGCAAUCAUUUUUGUUCGCCGAACUUUUCAAAUAUUUGUAUUUAAUAUUUGCUGACGACAACAUUUUACCGCUAAAUGCAUGGGUCUUUAACACGGAAGCUCAUCCAUUUCCUAUUCGCAAAAAAUAA